AUGGAUCUUGAUAUGGAUGUGCAUGAACUAUUGGUUAUGGGAGAUUCUGACUUGCUUAUCCGGCAAGCCAAAAGCAAAUGGGAGACUCGAGACAUCAAGCUUAUUCCAUAUAGACAAUGUGUGCAAGACCUAAGUAAGAGAUUCAAAUCCAUCAAGUAUAGGUACAUUACCAGGUUUCAUAACGAGCUAGCCGAUACCUUGGCUACCUUAGCCUCGAUGCUCCCUUAUACAGGCAACACUCAUAUUAAUCCAUUAAAAAUUCAAGUUCAGAAUCAACACGAUUAUUGCAAUACUAUUAAGACAGAACUAUAUGGUGAUUCAUGGUAUCAUGACAUAAAACGAUUCCUGAAAAUAAGGGAAUACCUGGAGCAUGCCAAGGGAGAUAAAAAAAGAACUAUAAGGCGGCUUGCCGAUGGUUUCUUCCUGAAUGGGGAAAUUUUGUACAAAAGGGCCCCAGAUUCGAACUUAUUGACAUGCAUAGAUUCCAUAGAAGCCGAAUGGAUUAUGAGUGAAGUGCAUUCAGGGGUAUGUGGAUCUCAUAUGAAUGGAUAUGUUUUGGUGAAGAAGAUUUUACGGGCAGGGUAUUAUUAA